UAUUCUAUUCUAUUUCUAUUUACAGAUGUCAAGGAUGUUAAGUUUGUUGUCAACUAUGAUUUCCCUACCAAUAUUGAAGAUUAUGUUCAUCGUGUCGGUCGUACUGGUCGUGGUGGUAACUUUGGUCACUCUGUCACUUUCUUCACUGCUGAUAACGCUCGUCAAGCCCGUGAAUUGGUUGAUAUCCUUAACCAAACCAAGCAGCCUGUUGAUCCUAGACUUCAAAUGAUGGUUCAAUCACGUGGUGGCGGCGGCGGCCGCGGUGGUUACCGUGGUGGUCGUGGUAGAGGAGGUUUCAGAGGUGGCCGCGGUGGUGGAGGUGGAGGUGGAUACGGUGGUGGAGGAUCCAGAUGGUAA